AACUCAUGAUCAAGAUUUACUGUAUUUCAAUAUAUAUUUUGUAAAAGUAAGAACUAAAGAACACAUACAUAAUAGUGGAAAGGAAAUGUGUAGAAUUUGGCAACUGUAAAAAGGAUAUGAUGGACAUUCUGGUUGGUCCUAUGGUGAUGUGAUAUCAGGAACAUGUCAAUGUCCUCUGAAGAUGAGCAGAGCGGUGUCCUAGUUGAUAACAGAGAUAACAGAUUGUGCCAUCCUCUUCCUGAUCAGUCUGUAUGUCUGUCUCUUGAUCAACGCAACCAGUUGUCAUGUUCUGGCUACUAGUAGCAUUGUCUAUGGGCUGUUCCGUCUCCGCAAGGAUUCACAGUCCUCUCAUGUUCCGAGAUCUCAUCCUCAACGCAGAGGCUGGCAACCUGCCACCAUCUCUAGGUCUGCAAAGAAAUACCCAAGAAAAUGCAGAGGUCUGCUCCACACCUGAAUGUAUGGCUGCAGCCAAGGAGCUCAAGGCCUCUAUGAAUCUCUCCGUAGACCCCUGCCAGGACUUUUACCAGUUCUCCUGCGGAGGGUGGAUCAAGAAUAAUCCAGUGCCUGCCACGGAGUCUCACUUCAACCAGUUUAAUCUGGUCUCCAAGACUCUUUACAUUCAGCUCCGAGAUUUACUGGAAGCUCCAGAUUCCGAUGAUGAUCCAGCUCCAGUGAAAAAUGCAAGACAAAGCUACAAGGCCUGUAUGGAUACUAAGAGCGUGGAGGCUGAAGGCCUGAAGCCACUAGCGGAGCUUGUAAAACGGUAUGGAGGCUGGCCUAUGGCUCAGAAGCUCUGGUACAAGAAGUCAUUCGAUUGGCAGCUCAUGUCUGCAGAACUCAUGAAGCUUUGGGGCCUCUCCCCACUAAUCUUCUUCUAUGUUGGCCCUGACCGCCGAAACUCCAAUAUUAGCGUUAUCACAAUUGAUCAGCCAUCACUAGUCUUGCCACGUUCCAUGCUGGCUGAUAGUGUUGUCUACAAGAAACAGCUGACUGCGUACGUCCACUGGGUGGCACAGGCCGCAUUGCUACUCGCACAGGCCACUGGCGAACAGGUCUCUGAGGAUUCAGCCUAUCAAGAUGCAGCUGACGUUGUACAGUUUGAGAUGGAACUGGCUACACUGACAGCUCCCAAUGAGAUGCGCAGAGACGGGCGUAGAAUGUACAAUGAUAUGACACUGCGUCAGCUACAGCAAUGGACGGAUUCUGCAGCUGUUGAAUCUCCUAUGAUAGACUGGUUGCAAAUGGUCCGGAGACUGUUCAAGGACAUGGAUGUUAAGAUAGAAUACUCUGAGAGAGUUGUGGUGAGAGAGUUGGAUUUCCUUUUCAAAAUGGUUCAACUCCUGGAGACCACAUCUUCCAGAGUCGUUGCGAACUACAUGCACUGGAGACUGGUGAAGCUGAUCAACCGAGACCUGAACUACGAGAUGGCCCAACUCUCCUUUGAGUUUGAUAAAGUUUUGUCUGGAGCAACAGAAGAUUUGCCCAGAUGGGAAGAGUGUGUGCUGGGUACCAAUAUGCUUUGGAGAUUUGCCGUAGCCUACAAAUAUGUCCAACUACAUUUUGAUGAUGAGGCUAAACAGUCUGCUCUCCAGAUGGUGGGUCAUCUCCGAGCUGGACUACUGGAACAACUGGAGAAGGUAUCCUGGAUGGAUGAGGAGACCAGGAGAGCAGCUCAGCUCAAGGUUCACCAGAUGACACAGUGUAUUGGUUAUCCACAUUGGUUCAACAAUCAGUCCUACCUGGAGCACUUCUAUAGUGAGUUGACUGCAGGACCGAAUCAUCUGAAGAAUGUUGAAAACGGAAAGACAUUUCAAGUGAAGAGGCUUUUUACGAAGCUUCGUAAACCAACUGAUAGAUAUGAAUGGUCAGCCAGCCCUGCAGUGGUAAAUGCUUACAUAGACUUCCAGCUUAACUCUAUCAUUUUACCUGCUGGUAUCCUGCAGCCACCUUUCUUUGGUAAAGGUAGAACCGAAGCUCUGAACUAUGGAGGCAUAGGAGUGGUUAUUGGCCACGAGAUCACACAUGCUUUUGAUGACGUUGGUAGGCAGAGUGAUGGGUUUGGAAAUCUGGCGCAGUGGUGGACCGACGGCACCGUGGAGAGAUAUCUCGACAAGACCAAGUGUUUCGUCAGGCAGUACAGCAACUACAGGGUGCCUCAACUGGAUGAGAUGCUAAUGAAAACAGCUUAUAUGAAUGGAGUGGUUACACUGGGUGAAAACAUGGCUGAUAACGGGGGUCUUCACCAAGCAUUUGCAGCUUACCGGCGUUUCACACAGACCAAUGGAGUUGAGAAACGUCUCCCAGGGCUUGAGCAGUUUUCACCUGAACAGUUGUUCUUCGUCGCAUUUGCUAGGAACUGGUGUGAGUCCAGCACAAAGGAAUCACUUCUCCAGGAGGUCCUGAGCGAUCCUCACAGCCCUCACAUGUUCCGGGUAUUUGGCAGCCUUACCAACUCUCCAGAAUUCUCUCAGGUCUUCCAGUGUCCUUUGGGCACUCCUAUGAACCCACCAUCCAAGUGUACCUUUUGGUGAUUUUUACAGACUCCACUUGUUGGGUACUAACUACCCCUUUGUUUUUACACAGUCCUCAAUUUCCCACGGAAUUGACUGAUAUUUAAGCAAUGAACUUAUUUGAGGCAGAAUUAAGUGUGGCCUUACACCAUAGCACAGAGUGGUAUUUGAAGGAAAGCAAACAAUGUCUAUAUUUUUAUCUGUUCAUUGUACGCACAAGAUCCCUUUUCUACACCAGGAAACAAUUAAUAGGGAAAUAAUAACUAGCAUAUCAUUCAAUGAACUUCUGGAAAGAAUAACAUUGUUUAUUUAGCAUACACAUUUAUUACUUUUAUUUAUAGGCCUGAGAUGGGCAAUUAACUUGAAUGAUAGAAGCCGUAGAGUUGAAAAUUAAAUUAGAUCUACAACUAAAUGCCAAUUAUUAGAACAGUUUGAAAAGUCAGAUUUGUUAUAAUAUACCUUUUAAUGAAAAUUGUAUUACAUUUAAAGUAUUUUUAAAACAAUCUUUACAGUUUAAUUUCUUUGUUAAUUUGAAAUAUUGUAUGAAGUAAAAAUCAAGACAGUUGCUUAGAUGAAGAAAUUGAAAUGUCUAAAAAGUUAAAUAAAUACAGGAAAUUACAAAACUGCUUAAUUUACAGGUAUGGAAUGGUUGGUGGAGUAAAAUAUUAAAAGAUCUUCCUCUAAUAAUAUAUCAAAAAUGUAUUUUUUUAUUACAAAAAUACAGCAAUUUCUCUAGAGAUUCCAAUGCGUUCAAAUUAUUUUUAUAGUCUGAAAACACCCUUCACUCUUUUAUACUUUGAUAACAACCCUGUAUCCACAUGAUCCUUGUGGUUUUUCUGUGCCGUUUUUACCACUUGCCGUAUAUUGAACAAAGGGAAGCCACAACAUUUUUAUAUAAACUUUUAAAGUCUAUGAACUGAUUUACCCAAAAUAGUUAAUUUGAUGUUCUCUACAAUAAAAGUUAAAAUACUUAAAAGUUUCGUUUUGCUUAUUGGCAUGUUUUAUUACAAGUAAAAAAUUAACAAUAACCUAAAUAAAAACCAGGUUGUAAAAUUUAAUUCAACCACAACAUUUUAAAAACUGAGAUCCGCUCAUUCAAGUGAAACUCCUACAAAUUAAGAUUAAUCCAGUAGUUAAAGGUGAUAGCGGGUACCCAUUAGAAACUCAUUGCGCGAAGAAAGGAUUAUUUUCAAACAAAAACUGGAAGAAAACAUAUUAGUUAUUAUAUAUCUUAUGACUGUUGGAAGAGGAAAGUUUGAGUUUUCACUAUUGUUUUUUGAGUUUUUGGUACUGCUCACUUGGUUAGCAAUGUCAUGUGUGCCAUAUUCUGCAACCAGCAAACAACUGUCGUAAAAGAUUGUUAAUAAUGCAAGUAGAAGUACUGUUUAUGUAUUUUAAUUGUUCUGAAUUAAAAUUGUAAGAGUUACAGGUUUAGUUUUCCAUCAUUUUAUCUUACCUUGUAUCAAUGUUAUACAUUACAGUUUAGCUUUUGUACAUUUUGUGAAUUAAUGUAAAUAAAGUUUUAUAUAUUUUGUAA